AUGCAACGCGAGAUAGUCAAGUGGCUUCAGUCGCUUGACCUCUCGUAUCAGGUUCGACACCCGCAGCAGGACCUCUCGAACGGCUUCACACUUGCCGAGAUUGCCAGUCGUUACGACCGACGCAUUGAGAUGCACAGCUACGUGCCUGGGUGCUCCACCGAUUGCAAGCGACGCAAUUGGAAGGUGCUGCUGCGGGAACUGAAGCGGCUUGGGUGCACCAGCGUGACGGCAGAGAUGGCGGAGGCAACCAUUCAGGGGAAGCCAAACGUGGCCGCGUUGGUGCUGGACUAUUUCUAUGAGUUCUUCUGCAAUCGACCGGCGCCCACGCGUUUGACGGAGACGAGAGAAAAGAACAGAAUGUCACUUCUAAACGUAAUAGACGCCGCGCGUGUCGCGAGAACGCAUGCGGUGCUGACGGCGCCGAAGUCAAAACUGAUGCCUCUGCGAGCCAUGGAAAACGAUGAAAUUGCGCUUGGUAAAGGGAUACAGCAGCCCGGGUUUGCGCGGCCGACGGCGGCGUCACUCUUACAUGUGGCCAAUCGUGAUGCACGGAAUGCGGUGCUUGUUGCCGCGGUUCCUGCGGAUGAGCUGCGGAUUCAGAAGCGGAAUGAGAACUUGUUGGACGAGCACAACAUGCUCCAUAAGGCGUACAGGUACGCGGAACCCCAACGCUUUGCCCCUGUAAAGCACAAACUGCUUGCGGCGGCAGGGAAAAAAAUCGGAAAGGGAGGAACAAGCACCAAAGGGGGGGCCCAGUGGGACCAUGGAAUUUCCGCAGAACGAGUGUCUGUGGUGGAGGUGAAUAUGUUGAACAAGCGACUUCUUGGUGCGCUGCAGCUGCGGGAGUCUUCCGACAACAACAAGACAGCCGACUCCGCUGAGGAAUCGCGGGAUAUGGCUGUUAGAAAACUACUCGAUGCAUGCGGCAAUAAUCUUCGUUUAGGAUUAUCAAAGAUGCUGGGCAUGACACUAGAGUCCAACGGUUUCAUGGAUUUCCUCGAAGAACUCAACACUGGGAGUGAGGAGCAAGACGCUUUGAGCUUCUUUGCGGGUCAUCGUGAGGAGAUGCCUUUUGCGGCCGUUACUGCGUGUUGGUCGACGUUGUUAAACUCAAGCACUGGCAUUGCAUCGACGUUGUGCAUGCGUCCAACGGAAUACAUGUAUAUUUUACGGGCCUUGCACUUCAUAUUUGCUGCCGACACGGCACAGACUCCACUGCUGCACGUAUCGGCCUCGCCGGAAAUGCACACAUCGCAGAAGGAAGGCUCCGAUGCAGGCCCCACGUUGACGCGUGACAUGCGCUCCUUCAGAAGCAACAUGAACGUGCCGGACGCCUUGCACCCAGUGGCAGAAGACACGGAUGCACCGCAGCAGUUUCUAUUAUCAAAUGAGCGGGUUUACAAUGUUGCAUCGGCGUUUUCGUGGCUUUGCAGCAUUGGAGAGGCCAUAAAUGCCGUCUCGCCACAGUUGGCGUGCUCAGUAUUGAUGAAAUACUUUGUUCCCGCCGCUGCUCGAUUUUUUGCUGCGUCAAGUGCGGCGAUUGUAGAGGCGCUGGCACGCGUUGUUGUGGCGCACGUCUACGGCGAUGGCUCUACGCGCGAGAAGAGGAGCUCCACAACAACUCCAGACGAAGCCAGGAAACCACAGCAGCAGCAGCAGCAGCCGUCGCCGUCAGAGAAACUUGAGUGGAACGCCGCGCUGCAAUUGACGACGCUUCUAGCGGGCCCUCUAAAGACGGCCUUUGUUGGGUGCGACGACUCCACGAAUUUUUGCAGCUCCGCGUCGAAAGACGCGCAAUACAAGCUAUUUUUGUUUCAUGUGCUGCGUCUCGCGCGGGUUCCGCAGAACGCGAAUGACUUCAACGGUGGCGAGCCAGCAGCGGCAGCCUCAGCGGCUCAGUAUGACACGGCAAUAACGUUGAAGGCGUCGGUGGCUUGCGUGUCCCCCGCUGCCUCCCCCUCCACACCCGUGGAGUUGUGUGCGGGUGGGGUUUUUGCCUCUCUUGGGUCCUCCUCCAUGCGGCAGCGCGCGAUUGGGUUGGCGAUGCUGAUACAAUUUCUCGCGUGGGACCGAUGGGAUUUGGCCAUCGAUCCACUGCUGCUUGUCAUGAAGGAUGUAAAGCAACGGGGUGCCACUGGGGCUUUUCUUCAGCGUGCCGCGGAGACGUGGGAAAUUCGAGUAUUACUUUUGGAGCUUCUCACUAUUACCUUCCGCAAGGUCUUGUACGUUUUUGCGGAGGCGGCCGAGAAGACGGGCGAUGCGGAGUUGAUGGCGCCAGACUCCACUACUGCGGAGAGGCAGCCGUCCGUGGCGUCUGUCAUUAAAGAGAAAAUUGACCUCGCAGACCUGGAGGAGGCGACUGUGCUGUGCCUAGAAAUCUUCUUUGAGGCACCCUUGCUGCAACGACAAUUGGCGCUUCAGAUUGUGGGUGCUCGACUUCUUCCCGAUGAGCAGACUAAUGUCGCCGCCAUGUGGUUGCGUGGACUGUUCAUAUUUUCCGUGGAACAGUUGGAGUUCCUGCUGCGACCACACGAGGAGGAACCGCUCCGUCUGCGGGAUCCCACGUUAGCCACCCAGCAUCGCGUGCAUGGCGGCUCCCCAAGGUUUCACGGGGCCAUCACAAGCGAAUUGGAUGAGGAAAAAGAAGCCGGCGUCCUGUCUUCGCCGCUGCACCAGUCGCGGUCUGCAGAGUCGGCCAAGGAGGCCGUCUCUUCCGUGCGUGUUUUGCUCGGUCGUGUGGAGCCCGCCUACGUUGUCUCUCCGCUCAACCAAUCGUGGGACACGUUCAGCGUUGUGCAGGCCACGCUCAUGUUUGAAGAUAUUUUGACCACCGCCCAAGUCUUUUCUGUCGUCCUGGCCGCGAUUUUGAGCCCCCAACGACGUGAGGCGCAACGCCUGAGGCUGCUGCAGAACCUUCGCGCCGUCGGCAGUUCCGCAGUUCCCGCGACAACGUCCCCGACACAGCAGGUCGGCGUCGACGGAAAGAUGUCCCCUGCAGCAGGCGACGAGGGGGAGGAGGCUGCGGAGCCGGCGUUGAACGUCACGUUAAAAGGCCUGGUAGUGAGUUACGGCCAGAAGAGCGCCGUGGAUGGAGAGGUGGAGAGGGGAGUGGAGGUGGCUCGGGACGGUGGUGCUGGAACGCCUGCGGCGAAGGAGUCCAACGCGACGGACGCCGUGGCAAUGGAGACGCGGGGUGACGCCACAGAUGGGACGACGAGGGAGGUGGCAGAGAAGGGAGGACCAGGAGAAAAGGAAGGCGGAGACCCAGCGGCGCUUCUGGAAAGUCAUGAAAAGGCAUUUUGGUUCUCUGUCUUGCGGCUGUUACGGGCCCAGUUGGAGGAGUGCCUAGCGAAGGAGCCGCCGGUUGAGGAGCAACAAAAGAAAAGGAAGCUGAUGACGGCCUCAACACCGAAUAAGGAACUCUCGUUCUCUGUCUGCCGCGUCGCGAAGACCGAAUCUCCAGCGCGACUGAAGGAGCUGGCAACGGGUGUACUUCUCACCCUGUACCACCGCUAUGGUGGCGCUGCAGCUGAGACGAUGUCGAAAGAGACGUGCCUGCACGAGGCAUGCCAGUGGCUGGCUGAAAUUUAG